AAGGUGUGUGGUAAUGGUGGACAUGAUGUAAUCGUGAACACUCAAAACCAGGGUAUCUACAAGCUCUUAGGAAAUGCGAUAAGUGCUGCCACCUGUCGGUUAUCUUUAAAAACAUUUCCGUUGCGCCACCAUUCAAUGUGGAGUUGUUGUUUGGCAGUGAAGAAGACUUUUGUGUGUUUGUUGCAAUAUGUUAUAAGUAAAAGGCGGAUUUUGAAGUAAAAGAGAUGAACAUCAGUGCCGCAGCUAUAUUCCUGGCCGUUAUGUGCGCCAACGUGCACGGAGGGUGCGGCGCAAGAAUUCUUGGUGUGUUCGACUUCAACAGCAAGAGUCACUUCCGCAUGUUCGAGGUGCUCUUGAAGGCCCUCGCCGCCAGAGGUCACGAGGUCGUGGUGCUGGGCCACUUCCCGCAGAAGAAGCCCGUGCCGAACUACACCGACAUCGACGUGUCCGAUUCCGUGCCGCAGAUAGUGGACAACUUUACAGUGAAGUACGUCCAAGAACUACGUUUCGUGAGCCUGAUGGAGUACCUUUGGGUGGAGACGCGCGAGAUAUGCCGCAAGUCCCUGAGCCACCCGAACGCCCGGGCGCUGCUGCGGUCCGACCAGAAGUUCGACCUCGUGAUCACGGAGGUGUUCGGCUCGGAGUGCGCCGCGGGCUUCGCGCACAGGUUCGACGCUCCGCUGGUGAGCAUCGUCUCGUGCGUGGCGUUCCCCUGGACCCACGGCCGGCUGGGCAACCCCGACCACCCGGCCUACGUCCCGAGCUACACCCUGCCCUACACGGACAGGAUGACCUUCUGGCAGAGGGUCGUCAACGCGCUGUACCACGUGUUCUUCGAGGUGGGGAACCACGUGUUCAACGACGCGCCCACGCACUCGCUGCUCAAGGAGCUGUUCGGCGCCGACGUGCCGACGGUCGGGGAGAUACACAAGAGGACGAGCUUGGUCCUGGUCAACAGCCAUUUCAGCGUGAACGGUCCCAGGCCGGCGGUCCCGGGGUUCGUCGAGGUCGCCGGGCUUCACAUUCAACCUCCGGGGGAGCUGCCCCAGGAUCUGCAGACGUUCCUGGACGAGUCCGAGCACGGGGUAGUGUACUUCAGCCUGGGUUCCUUAGUCCAGGUUCAGUCUUUCUCGCCAGAGAAACUUCAGGCACUCCUCGAUGCCUUCGCUGCCCUGCCGGAGCGGGUGUUGCUCAAGUACACCGGCAGCGAGUUGCCGGGCAAGCCAUACAACGUGAUGGUGAGGAAAUGGCUGCCGCAACUUGAGAUACUUAGUCAUCCCAAGGUGAAAGUGUUCAUCAGCCACGGAGGACUAAUGAGCACCCUGGAGUCGGUGUACGCGGGUGUGCCAAUGAUAGGCAUGCCGCUGUUCGCCGACCAGGACUUGAACAUCAUGAGGAUGAUGCACCUCGGCAUGGCCACCAUGCUCAAGUACAACGACCUCACCAAGGACACUCUUUUACAGAACAUAAGAACCGUCAUCGACGACAAAAGGUACUCGGAGUCGGCGAGGCGCGUGUCCGCCUUGUUCCGCGACCGGCCGGCCACGGCGCUGCAGUCGGCCGUGUUCUGGACCGAGUACGUGCUGCGCCACGGCGGCGCGCCGCACCUCCGGACCGCGGCGGCCGACAUGCCCCUGCACCGCUACCUGCUGCUGGACCUGGCCGGCGCGCUCCUGCUGGCCGUCUGCGCCGCGCUCUGCGCCGCCCGCGCGCUGCUCCGAGCGCUGCUGGCCCCCCGCGCCAAGUCCAAGGCGGAGUGACGGCGUCCCAGCGGCUCUCAGUGGCUCUCAGCGGCUCCCAGCGGCUCCCAGUGGCUCCCAGCGGCUCUCAGUGGCUCCCAGCGGCUCCCAGUGGCUCCCAGAGACUCCCAGCGACUCUCAACGGCUCCCAGUGACUCCCAGAGACUCACAGUGGUUCCCAGAGACUCACAGUGGUACACAGCGGCUUCCAGCGGAUCCCAGCUACUCUCAACGGCUCCCAGUGACUCCCAGUGGCUCUCAGAGACUCACAGUGGCUCCCAGUGGAUCCCAGCGGCUCUCAGUGAAUCUCAGUGGCUCUCAGUGGCUCCCAGCGGCUCCCAGCUUCUCUCAACGUUUCCCAGUGACUCCCAGUGGCUCCCAGCGGCUCCCAGUGGCUCUCAGUGGCUCCCAGAGACUCACAGUGGUUCCCAGCGGAUCCCAGCUACUCUCAACGGCUCCCAGAGACUCACAGUGGCUCCCAUAGACUCACAGUGGCUCCCAGUGGCUCCCAGCGGAUCCCAGAGACUCAUAGUGGUUCCCAGCGGAUCCCAGCUACUCUCAACGGCUCCCAGAGACUCACAGUGGCUCCCAGUGGAUCCCAGAGACUCACAGUGGAUCCCAGAGACUCACAGUGGUUCCCAGCGGAUCCCAGCUACUCUCAACGGCUCCCAGAGACUCACAGUGGCUCCCAGUGGAUCCCAGAGACUCACAGUGGAUCCCAGAGACUCACAGUGGUUCCCAGCGAAUCCCAGCUACUCUCAACGGCUCCCAGAGACUCACAGUGGCUCCCAGUGGAUCCCAGAGACUCACAGUGGAUCCCAGAGACUCACAGUGGUUCCCAGCGGAUCCCAGCUACUCUCAACGGCUCCCAGAGACUCACAGUGGCUCCCAGUGGAUCCCAGAGACUCACAGUGGAUCCCAGAGACUCACAGUGGUUCCCAGCGGAUCUCAGCUACUCUCAACGGCUCCCAGAGACUCACAGUGGCUCCCAGUGGAUCCCAGAGACUCACAGUGGAUCCCAGAGACUCACAGUGGUUCCCAGCGGAUCCCAGCUACUCUCAACGGCUCCCAGAGACUCACAGUGGCUCCCAGUGGAUCCCAGAGACUCAAAGUGGUUCCCAGCGGAUCCCAGCUACUCUCAACGGCUCCCAGAUGCUCCCAGAGACUCACAGCGGCUCCCAGUGGCUCUCAGUGGCUAUUACCCGAGGUUGCUCUGCUUGUGCGCUCCUGCCGCGUCGAAGGCGAAGAGUUCGUGACAUUGCGGACAACAAUGCAGUUGAAACUUACGUAGCAUACGACGCCCACUAGCGCUGCGCUCGAAUCACGAGUCCAAAGCGAACUGAAUAACGCCCACACUAUAACUAUUACUUUAUAAUCCUAUAAAACUACACAUAUAAUAAAUAAGUUGCCAUUUCUACUAAUAAUAAUAUAUUCCAUACAAUAUAAAGCACUCAAUAACUUAAAUAUUUUAUACUAAAAAUUAAUACAUUUCAUUAACUUCUGGUUAAAACUUCUCACAGUUUCUGAAACGUAUUACCAACUUAACACUCUGUUUCAGUUCAAACCAUUCGUAUAAAUAAACCCAACUUUUCCGGAAAGAACUAUAACAGUAUUUAACUUCUCAAAAAAAUCAGGUUGCCAUUAACGGGAACUAUAAACGUAAAUAAAACCAAACACGUUUAAAUUGAAAUAUCAGACUAAGAGGAGAUAGAGGACACGCCACAAUUCGCCAUUUAUAGUUUUUACUGAACGUCAUUGAGAAACCACAAGAAUGGACAAGAGUGUAAUACACAAACAAAAAGAAAACAAGCCAAAAUCAGCUGAUAUUAAAUGAAUAGACAAACAACACGGGAAUAAUUCCGAAAAAAAAAAGGGGGAAAGACGAGGCAGUUAUAACGAACAGGAAAAAAUAUAUAUAUAUAUUUUGGGAAGCCUACUGCGUUUAUCUGUGCCACCAUCAUUGUGUUGCCAACAAUAUCUGUUUACUUUGUCUGUUUUUUUUUUUAACAACUGCCUCGUCAUUAUCAGCCCGCUAUGUUUGUCUGUGCCGCAAUCUGGAGAUAACAGGAACAGAAAAAUUAAAUUGUUUUUAGCAUGUGUCAUUUAAAGUGCUGAUCAAUACCUAGGCCAUUCCAAUCUGUAAUAUCGUAUAAGAAAAUAUUUCAAGUGUAUUUAUUGCCUCCUACAAUGACGCGAUGCUACCAGAAUUUGAUCGUAUGAAUUCAUAAAACUAAAGGAAGGAUAAUUUACUAGGAAAAAAAUAUAAAAUUUUUUAAAGAAAAAUGAGCGUAAAUAAACAUCGUUGAAAUUGAAGUUUUAGAUGUCCAUAAAAUCGUUGUUUGAAAGAGUUUAUUUUUCAAAUUUUCCGGGGAAGGGAUUGUGGUUAUUCCGUAACCCCCAGCCAAGGCCUCCCCCCCCCCCUCAUCGGUUAGACAACACUUCAAAAUAUUAUGACCUUCCAUGAGGUCUCUGUAUACGUACCAACCUCAGUCAAUGUAGAGACAGGGGGAAAACCAUCAAAUAAUAUGUAAAAAAUAAUUUAAAAUUUGUAGUAGUAUUUAUACCCUGUAUACUAAUGCCAAUAAUUAAUAUAUUCAUGUUGAAAGUUUAAAGUCUUACUUUUAUCAAAAUACAUUUUAUAUCUACAUGUUAAAAAAAAAUAUUUUAACUGCAAUACAGCGGUGGCAUUUUCAUUGAUUUUUUUUCCCUACAUAGGCUAGUUAUUUUCUCAAUAGUCUGUUUUUUUCUGAAAUGUAGUUUUGUUUAUAAUUCUCACCCAGCAGUUCUUCUGGCCUAUUUUCAAUUUUAGAUACGAAUUCAAUAAGAAAUUUUAAGUUAUCGAGCAAAAAAGAAAAAAUAAAUCAUAAACCCGCGAAAUGCUGUAAACAUUUUCCACAAAAACAAAAUCAAGUGUCUACAAUAAAGGUAAUAAUUUCAAUUAACUAGCCAUUUAAUAUUUUAACAUGCAGCAUAAUUUUUAGGUUUCGGAAAACAAUUAUUUUUCCCUCGAAUACACAGGGAACCUUUAAAUCAUAAGGGCUGGAUGCAUUAUUUCGAGGUUGGUAACAGCACAUAGGGAGUAACUUCAGAUAAAGGCUUCGUGGCUCUCCGGGCCUGGAGGUUCCAAAACCGGCCUGUGGACUCGUCGCCCCAUCUCCUGCUGGAAGACAGCGAAAUUUGAUAAUCUGCAAGUUUCGGUGGGAGAUGCCGUCCUCUUGUUCUUGGUGGAGCUAAGAGGGAGGUUCGUCUCAUCGCGAAGUUUCGAGAACGUCGCUUCUCUUGAGCGGAGUGCAGCGGGGGUAGAGUUUCCCUUCUCCCCUCCUCCCACCCCCUUGCAAACAUUUGCAUGAGCCACCUUGUCCCACGGCUCUACGCCCCCUGUCGACACGGUAGCGCGGCGUCUGUACGUCAGGGGGUGUAUCCCACCCCCCCUCCCUCACCGACCCCUCACCCCUUGGGACGUGACCCGCACCCCUAACCGGCGGCUUAAUAAUCUCUGUCGGCCCUCGAGCCAGGGGCUGCUCAAUACCAAUACCUCUCUCUCCACCCCCCCCCCUACCCAUACCCACUUCCCCUUCCGCAAGCCUGGCUUUUGUUUGGAGUAGCUGUUCCAUCCCUGACUCGUCGCAGGCGCCGGGUCUCAAUCAUCUACUCUCCCCCCCCCCCCACUCUCUCUCUCUCAUCAACCUCACACACCUCCCCUCGCUGGCACAGGCGCGUUUACUGUUUCUGAAAUGGAGCUAGGAAUAUUGUCAGGCGAUGGCAUUAUGCAACGUAGUUGAAGUCAAUUUCUUUUUUUUAAUGUGUAAACAAACAUCUUAUCUAUCGAUACACGUUAUAUAGUAGGAGUGAUUUCGUGGAAAUGAAACGGAAGUCGAUGUACGGAAAUGUGUAAACAAGAUGGAGGACCCACGUGUAGCAACAUAAACCCGUUGUAGAGCAAAGUUUUAAAAAAGCUGUGUCACGUAAUAUAACUCAUCCAUAGAGUAAUAUCAUUUUCAUCAACAAAAUGUAUGAUAUUCCAUGACUAUAAUGUUUUCUCUGUGAUUUAAUGUGUAUGAUUUCAAGCCACUAAUUUGUUUUGAAAUCUUUAUUUUUAAGAAGUGACAGAUUUUUUAUUUUAUUUAUAAUGCAAAAUUGCAGUUGUGAAAGUUUGGAGUUUGUUCCAUUUUAGAACAUUUUCAGUACGAUUUCCACCAUCAUCUGAAACAUGUAUUAUUAGGCCUAUAAGUCUUCCAUAAUUGAAACCAGAAAUAUCGUUGGUAGUACGCAUUAAACGAAGAAUUAUUAUUUAGGACACGUCUUAAAUAUUGAUUUUAUGUAAUUAUUGUGCAGCUGGACGUCGAAGUGAAAGAUUCUUAUCAAAGUGACGUUCUGGGAAAUCAUUCGUAUGACAUGAUUUUCAAUUGACCGACGGACAUUUUUAAUUGGCUUCUACUGUGACAUCCAUUUGUAUGGCAUCGAAAUGAACUAUUUUAGAAACGGACUAUUUUAAAUGUACAGUGGAUAGUUUAUACCAAGAGCCACUAGAUAAACUCCGUGAACUUCAGUUCUACUGUGGGAUGAUAGAUAGAAGAUUGGUGAUCAUCGUACUACCACUUAUCGUCACGUCGAGUUAUAAAACUACGACAACACGAACUACUGCGUAUCCUGAAACAUAGUUUAGAGAACACUUACAAGCUGAGUUCACGUUUGUGUGAUGAACAGAUGAACACGUACUACUAAAGGUGUUUGUAGGUUUCAUACUCCAUGAUCUAUAAACCAAUAGAUAUGUAAAGGGUAGGUGAAUCAUGUAUGAAAAUGUCCAUGUAUUUGUCAACUAUUAACAUACUGAUUUCAAAUUCUCAUAGUAAAUGUGAUAAUUCCGAUUAUUACAUUUGAAAAUUUUAAUAUGCUAUAUGUUUUUGUCUUGCCACUAUUUUACACAAUAACUUUAUGUGCUACUAUCUCAUUAUUCACCUUGAGGAUACCAUAGUAGAUAGAAGCCUAAUUAUUUUAUUUGCUCUUAGAUCUUACCUAGAUGAGUUAUUUGUGACUUUAUUGACUCCAUAAAAUUUCAUGUGUGGUAAAUAUUGUGCUAUAAUCAAUACAAUAUGGGUAUAUUGUUAUGAUAUAGUAAACACUGGUACAGAAGAAAUUAAGAUGCUGGUAUUGAUUUUGAUGGUAAACUUAAAUAUCAUUGCAAAGGAUAUUGUCAUUUUGUUCUGAACUGGACCAAGUUAGUUUGUAAUAUCACACUAUAUGUUCCCAUCUGAUAAACGUAAUUUAGAGGGAAUUAUAGAAUUUCAAAAUGAUAUAGUU